UACAGCAAAUGAGCAAGAGGCCGCUGAAUGAAUAACAAGGAAGGGAUUACAAAGCGCAGGACUGAAAAAAAAGGAGAGGACACCGACUGAAGACUCUCUCUCUCUUUCCUUCACUCCCUCCUCCCUUUCUAUCCUUCCUGUCACCCUCCCAACUCUCUCAGAGGCUCUCCCUCCCAGACGAUCUCCUCAGUAAAAGAUGGCAUGAGCACACUGUCUCCCAUCCUCAGCUGUUGGAGUAUUUUUUUUUUUUUUGCUUCACCCUCCUCUCUGUCACUCUUUCUGCAUCUUUCUCUUCUUCCUCUUCUCUCUACACGGGUUCAGUUCAGAGGCUGAAGAGGAGGUGAGCGAGGUAGACAGAGGCUGACCCCUCUCCCUGCCUCCUUUCUCACACCCGCAGGGCCCAGAAAAGAGAAAGAGAGCGUGCGCGCGAGAGAGAGCUGGAGCAGGGAGUCGUCUGAUGACUUACACUAACAACAAACUCCUUAACCCAGCCGACCGCAGCCCAUUCCCUCUGCCCGACCCCCCCCUCCCUGCCUCCUUUAACCCGGAGUCUUACUCUCUGAGUCAGUGGAGGAGGGAUCCAGGAUCAUGUUUGGAUUAAAGACCCCACACUUCUACCUCCCAGGUAUGAACCAUGAGUCCAAUAAGUCACCAUCAUUAGGAAUGAUCUCCACGGCGAGUCGCACCACGGCUACAGUCAGUCCCCUCAGUCCACUAACCAAUGGGAACGCAGUUGCCCAGUCUGCAAACUCUGGAUUCGCUGCUGCCCUUCGUAAACUGGCCAAACAGGCAGAGGACCCCAGAGGUUCUGCCCUCAGCGGUGAAUCGUCUCCCGUCUCUUCCCCGGCCACCAGCCACAGCUCGCCGGUUACCACCCCUAAGCGGGGCUCUUUAGGGCCCCUCCUGGGCCAGAACAGGGGCCGCAGUGUCCCCAGCACACCUCCAGUAGUCACCAUUGCCCCCACAAAGACAAGCAACGGCCUGUGGAGGGCCGACGGAAGACAGGUGGAGCCGAGUGUUCAGGGUCUCAGCAGGGAGCGGGUGGGAGCUGAGAACCCCCAGCCACAGCAGGAUAAGAGGACUCCUCCCAUCUCUUCACCUCACCCCCUGGCUCACUCCUUUGGCCUCACACCAAGCAGCAUCAUGCAAGACCCCCGAAUGCAGAGCAUCAGUUUGCCUGGGCAGAUGCACCCCGUAGUGCCCUCAGGUGCCGUUCCAGAGGAAUACCUGAGAGCACUCCGGCCGUUCGCCACCUCAGAUGACCUCCGUCUGAGCUCUCUGCCCCUGAGCCUCGACCCGGCCGCUGCAGCCCACGCCGCCGUCGCCGCUUACUAUCAUCCAGCCUACUUGCACCACCCUCUGUCCUUACCGAGGAUGGAGGAGUCUCUGUGUCUUUCUGCACUGCGAUCACAGUUCUACUCUGUGCCUGCAGGGGGUGCCUUCCCUCCACUGCACCCCUCUGCCCUCCACUUACACCUGCCUGGAGGCCGCUACCCUGCUGACCUAAACCAUACAGCCUUAUCUGAGAGGCUACAGAUGGAGAACGAGCUCCGCCAGCGAGAGAGAGAGCAAGAGCGUGAACGAGAGAAAGAGAGAGAGCGAGAGGCCGGGCUGGAACGAGAGCGGGAAAGAGAGAGGGAGCGAGAGGAGGAGAGGGAGCGUGAGAGAGAGCUGGAAAGACAGAAGGAGAGGCAGAGGGAGAGACAGCAGCAGAUGGUCAGAGCGGCGGAGGGCCACUACCUGGCUGAGCUGCAUGCUCGGAGGGCACCACCGGAGGACAGGGCCAGGCCAGGAGAAAGGCUGACCCCGAACAGACUGGUUUCUCCAGAUAAAUCCAAGGACUCCGAACACCCAGGUUUUUCAGCACCUAAGCCUCUGCAGCCUAGCAUUCACUCCUCCAGGGGCUCUGUGCCAUACCCAGUGCCCAGCUUGUUGCCUUCUCACCUGGGGAAACAUCAUGCUGGUGCUGUUGGUGGGAUCCAUGGAGCUCUUUCCGCCAGCAUGAUGAGUCAGAGAGCCAGCGAGGAGGCGUGGUUAACACGACAGCGAGCACAGGGACAGGACAGGGAGCGUCCGUUAGAGCUUGGCCUCAGGUCACCGGGGAAAGGGGUGGAACCGAGGAGAGACGGCAGCCGCAGCACCGGUUCAGUCUAUCACAACUCAGGCAGCAAAGAUGUAGCAGCCUGCCUCGGCGCUCCACCGCCGCUAAUCUCCCCAAAAGCUCCCCAUCAACCUCCUGCCCCUGCCACUACACUGUGGAACCCAGCUUCUCUUGUUGACGCACCUGCAGACUCCCGCAGAAAACUAAACGCCCCAACGCCACCGAGUCGACCGCCACCGGGAUUGACCAGAGCUGAGAGACCGCCUGCGGCAUGGGGGGAGAGGCUGGAAGAGGGCAACAGGAGGAUGGCAAAAAGCCCAGAAAGGUUCGCCUCACUCAGGGGAGCAAGUUUACAGGAGUGCUGGAACAAGAGUGAGCAGGACAGAGCCAUCCAGAGCCUCUACCACCGGCAUCAUAUCAAUAACCUCCACCAGCGAUCCUUUAUGCCUCCGUCUAUCUCCAGUGGAGCCUGCACUGACCUAGGGGGACGGUGCCAGGCUGCUUCUCCGCCAGCGGUAAGGGAGCGAUCGCAUCAGGUGCCUGACAGCAUGAUGGUGUACGAUGAGGUUCUCCAGCAGCACCGCAGGCUGCUCAGCAAACUCGACCUGGAAGAGAAGAGGAGGAAAGAGGCCAAAGAAGGAGGUUAUUACUAUGACCUGGAUGAGUCAUAUGAUGAGAGCGAUGAGGAGGAGGUGAAAGCUCAUCUGAGAAGAGUGACAGAACAGCCCCCACUCAAGCUGGACACGUCUUCAGAGAAAGUGGAUUUUCUGCGUGUGUGUGGUCUUACUACGCUGACCCAUCGCGAUGAUCUUCUGGCUCAGAAGAGGAGGAAGAGGAGGAGGAUGAUGAAAGAGCGCAGCGUCUCUCCUCCGGCUGUGCAGGGCAAGAAAAAGGCCUGCUCACCUUCAACAUCUUCAACACCCACAACUCCCUUAACUACUCCGUACUCUGCCGAGCAGAUGGACUGCACCCCCGAACUGGAGAAGAAAAAAGACUUCCUCCUUAUGUUCAACCUCUCGCACGUCAGCCCACAGCAGAGGAGAGAUAAAGAGAGAACAGAAGAGCUGCUGAAGGCCAUUCAGAGGAAGACUGUGACGUUAGACACACUCAGAUAUAAUCCUUUACCACUGUGCAGAAGUCCUCCGGUUCCCUCCACUGGUGACUCCUUCUCAGCACCUCUGCCGUGUCCGUCAAAUGGACACCUGUACCCAGACUCUCCCAGCCCCUCCCCUCCCUAUCUUAGCAAACAUAAACACCUUCAUAACGACGCGCACAAACCACCUGUAGACUCCACGGUGACUCGGCUCCCUCCUCCCUUGGCCCCACAUCAUGAAAAGGCUGAAUUCGUGGAGACACAAUCGAACAGGAAGCGCCAGGGCCUCCAGAACGGCGCUGGCACUGGCGCUGCUGCUGCUCAGAAAAAGGAGCCCGGUCAAGUGCAGAAUGGGCGGAAUCGACCCUUGGAGCGGUUCACCCCUGAGGCCUUCGCUCAGCACUUCCAUCAGGCUGUGCUGCAGUCCACACACAGCACACUGCAGAACAAAGGACUCUCAAACUGCGUCCCAGAGGCCGGUGUGAAGGCCGAUCCCUCGCAGCCUCACAGCGUCUCUCAGCUGAAAAGUUCAAAUCUCAUCCAUGUCUCUCAGCGUGCACAUAUCAAUGGCCAUCACUUCCCUUCUUCUGUAGCCAACCGGGACACUCUAGCCCCACAGGAGAACCUGUCUGAGGAUGAGGAAGAGUCCGAUCAGGAAGAGGACGAAGAGGAGGAGGAGGAGGAGGAUGUUCCAAGGAAGUGGCAGGGCAUUGAAGCUAUUUUUGAGGCCUACCAGGAGUAUGUGGACGAAUGGAGUAUAGAGAGGCAAGUCCUUCACAGUCAGUGUAAAAGACUCGAAGCACAGAACUACAAUCUGACCAGAACUGCAGAGCAGCUCUCUAUCACUAUGGGGGAGCUGGUGACUCAGAGGCAGAAAGUAAGAGAGGAGAGGGAGAGACUGCAGGCCCAGCUCGAGCACUUCAGGAGGUGUUUGACUCUACCGAACAUUCACUGGGGCAGGGGCCAAGUGAACGGGCACACGCCGAGGUGACCUCUGACACCGACUCUCCAAAGCCUCUGACAGCGAAGGAGCAGUAACAAGAACGGGCUGGAGCCGGGCCACUCUCCUCACUCGAAGCACUCGACGGAGCCAACAGUUGUCUUGUUACCCUUUUUGGACAGUCAAUUCUGUCACCUGACUGGUCCCAGAUACACCUUACUACCUGCUAUAUUUGUAUCACAGUAACUGUAAUCCAUGGUGUCCAUGUAGAGCUUAAACGGUCUGAUUCUUCCCAUGGAUUUCAACAACACUGUGUAGCUACAGCAGCAUCGUUGUUAGAGUAACGCUAACCACUCCUACUUGAGUUGGCUUUCAAGUACAGCAAUGUGAAAAAGAGAGUGCAACCUCAUUCAGUUCUAAGGUUUUACUUAUCAGGACAUAAUCACAAAAAUCAUCUGGUCCUUUACAGCUCAAAUGCAAUAUCAGUUGGACAGUAACAGCAGUGUGUCAGAACUAAGUACACCUCACAAUUCAGUAGCUUGAAGAACCACCUUUAGGAGCAAUAACUUGAAGUAAUCAUUUUCUGUAUGACUUCAGCAGGCUCUUACAUCAUUGUGGAAGAAUUUUGGCUCAGUCUACUUUACAGCGUUGCUUGAGUUCACUGGGGUUUCUUGCAUUUGUUUAUGCAUGGCUCUCUCAAGGUCCAGCCACAGAAUUUUAGACAGGCUGAGGUCUGGACUUUGUCAGGGCCAUUGGGCCUCAUUCACUAGUAUUUAUGUAAAAUUUUGUUACACAAGUGUGUAUGAAAAAGUAUUGUUGGAAUCAUAAAUUGCGCCCAACGGCCUUUUUUGUUUUAACCAACACACGUUUAUUACUGAAUCUGAAUCCAACAGGAUUCUGCAAUCUUCAUACUGCCACAGCCCGAUUUCUCUAUAUAUGUAAACGCAUUGACUCUGUCCAAGAUGAGAAACUCACUCCUUUCUUUUUCUAAUAUCUGUGGAGAAGUGCCAAGAAACUGGAUUUUAAGGAAUCAUAUCCAGUGAUAUGACAGAAGUCAUUUUAAUGAAAAAAGAAUAUUUAAUGUAAGAUAAGAUAAAGGGAUAUUGGAAUACAUUUAAUUGUAAUUCUGAUAAUCCUGAUUUUAUUAUUCGUAGUAGCAGGAGCAGUAAUAAUAUUAGUAUUUAAAGAUAGGUGUUUACAUUUUCUGAGACAUUUCUCUGUACACUUGGUCAGGGGCACUUCUAAAUUUCUUUAUAGACUACAAACAAGUUUGCAUAUUAAAAUAUUGAUGAAUCACAGAUUUGUGUGUAACCACUGUUUGUGAAUGAGGCCCACUGUCUUGCUGCACACCCCAAUUUCUGCAAGUUGUUCCACAAAAAUCGUGUAAUUUAUUCAGAUGCAACUUUGCAAACUUAGGCCAUGCUGCCAUGAGAGAAGAGGCUUUCUCCUGGCAACCCUUCCAAAUAAGCCAUACUAGUUCAGUCUCUCUCUAACUGUACUGUCAUUAACUUUAACAUUUAACAUGCUAAAUGAGGCCUGUGGAGCCUGAGAUGCAGGUCUUGGGUUUUUGCAGUUCCUCUUAGCAGUGCAGCGUUUGACCUUGGGGUAAAUUUACUGGGGCGUCCACUCCAGGGAACGUUGGCAACUGGUUUGCAUGUAUUCCACUUGUUAAUAAUCUUUCACUUAAAAAAUUUUGAAAAUGGCCUCAUAACUCUUUUGAAACAAUUGCUUCUCAGAUCACUGCUGAUGUCUUAUCUCCUUGGCACUGUGUUAAAACACACCUGAAUGCUCCCGAGCUGCAAACUUCCAAAACUUCUGCUUUUAUAGAGGUUCUCACACUUGCUGAUGGUCAAUCAAUCAGCCAGCACCUAGCUGCUCUUAAUUGCUAUAGAGGCAGUGAGGGUGUGCUUAGUUUUUCAUGCACUGCUUGGAAAUUCUGUUAUAGUUUUUGGUGAAAUUAGUGGCUAAUGACACGGUGUAAUGCAGCAUGCUUAUCUGAGGUUAUAGUUAAAUAAUGUUAGAACCCGGUAAGGACCAGAUAAUUUAUUAUGUGCUAAUAUGUUCAUUCUUAGAUUCGAAAGAGAGUGUGCUUUUUUUUUUCCUUCACAAGACUGUAUGCCCAGUGUACAGUCAUAUUUUCAUAUGGAUUUAAAAUGUUUCAGUCUACACUAAAUAAAUGUAUCAGCAGGCACAUAUCUGUAGCUUCUCUGGGCAGCAAUGAGGUAAUCCGGGUGUGCAAUGAUCACCCAGUUAGACCUCAGAAAAUAACAAUUGAGUCAAGGAAUCAAGCACACCUCAGGCCUUAAACUUGACAGGAUGCACUUGAAAUGUAAGCAGAGGGAAAACUUGACCGUCCUCUGUAUUGUAUGUUGUCUGCUUAGUUAUAUAUCUGACAGAUGAAGCAGUGUGUGUCGCUGGUAAAAGCUCUACGGAGCGUAGGGAACGUCUAAAAUGUCUAUAUAACAGCAAAUGGUAUCAAUGAAAUUUUUUUAGGUCAGAUUUUUUUAAUGGGUAAUGUCACUUGUGAUAGAUGAAGAGUUUUGUAUGCUUUAUCGGUUUAACCAUUUGUCGUGGGAAGCCAUAUGCUUUGUUUAAACUGCUGCUGGUCAGAAUGAAAAGGUUUAGAAAUUUAAGGAGACUGGGACAGUCGGUGUUACGUGACGCUAAAAUGAUUGAGAGGUGCACUAUGGAUGGACAAACGUCAGUCAUGUACCAUUUUUUGGAUGGUAGACCCGGGAUUCUGUGUCCCAAAGCCCUUAACAUGACCAUAAAUGUUAGAGAGAUAAAUAAGUCAUUGAAAUGCAGAUUCUGCAUCACUUGAGCGAGGAUUUCUCGCAGUUAUUGUCCAAUUUUAACUGAAAACUAAUUUCAGGAAGAGAAAAGCCAAACUAUUUAGUUCACUAUUCCAAUUCAUGUCAAAACUAAUUUAAAAAAAGACACCUGUAAUAAUUAUUUAUUGUUUUAUGCAUAACCUAAGCGACAGAAUAACAAACUAUACCUUUCACUGGUAUUUUGAUGAGACUUCUUUUUGUUUAAGACAAAAAAAUUAAUGUCACUUGUUCAGUUUCUAUCUACAAGCACAAGCACCGUAGCAAUCCCACCCUCCCCUCCAGUUCACCUGACCGUCCUGCGUCACUUUUUCCGUCUCCUCUGCAAGCCUGCUGUGAAAUCUUGCUUAUUUGCUUCAAUCCGUUGUUAUGUAAUUUAUUAUUUGGGCUGUAUAAUUGCAAUGAAUUAUUUAUUAACAUACGGUAUAUUGCUGUAAA